AUGAAACGAAGUAUUGAUAUUGCCAAAGAACAUGGUUUUAAGCUGUUCAAAGUGGACGCAACCGGUGCGUAUUCGCAACGCAUCUGCAGCAGUCUUGGUCUGCGGACGCUGCGCCGCGUGCGCUACUCGGAGUACUGCGACGAAGACGGCGUGCCGGUGUUCAACGUUCCGCCGCCGCAUGACGCACUCGCUGUCAUGGCGCUUCAGCUGCCUUAA